CUAUUUUUUUGAUUUCGACGUUGACAUUGCUCCUUUCUAUAACACGUAUAUACCGAAACAGACAAUAAACUUGUUCAGUCCACUGACAAUGGUGGGCAAUACAGGUUCUCCCCCCGGCAGGGAGUUCCUCUAUGAUGCCAACCUCCUGAAGGAGCUCGACUGGAGUUCAGUGAAGGAUUUCACGAAGCCCAGCAUAAGCAACGUUCAACCUGGAGAGGAUUGGCUUCUGGUCAGGCCACUCAAGAUCGAAGACUAUGACCAUGGCUUCUUGAAAUUGCUCUCCCAACUUACCAAAGUUGGGUCUGUGACCAAGGAGGAAUUCAUUCGUCAGUUCUAUGCUAUGAAGAGCGCCGGAGGCUACUACGUAACGGUCAUUGAGGAUACGAGAGACCAUUCAAUUAUAGGUUCCUCGACCUUGAUCACCGAGUUUAAGUUCAUCCACGAGUGCAGUCUGCGAGCGCGCUUGGAAGAUGUCGUUGUCAAUAACACCUACAGGGGCAAGCAGCUCGGCAAAUUAAUUGUUCUUACUGUGUCGCUCUUGGCGAAACGUCUGGGUUGCUACAAGAUGUCUUUGGAUUGCAAGGAUAACUUAAUCCCGUUCUACAAGAGCAUCGGCUACAGAAUGGAACCGGGCAAUGCCAAUUCGAUGACUAUUCGUUACGACGAAACGCCACCGGCGACAGCCCCAUCCUGACAAUUAGCAGCCAAUGCAUCGAACACCAAAUCCAAACUAUAAAUAACUUAUACUAUAUAGACAAUAACAUCCCUUUUGCCGCACCUCCAUAAAUAAAGUAAUCAUAAGAAAAUACAUGCGCGAGAUUAAACUGUUGAGAUUAAAUUUGGCUGUUUAGAAGGUGAUGAGGCAAAAGGUCUAUACAGUAUUCAUCAAUCGCCGAAACAUAAUGUACUUAUUUGCCUUAAGUUCGUUCUUGUCUUGUGCUGUUUAUAGUUUUAUUUUACGUGUUUUAUGCAUUGGCUGAAGCCGGGCGCUUCGGAAACGCCACACCAACAUCAAAUCUAUCGAUCCACUUAACAAUAAAUGUAUUGAAAGUGUUUAUUAUUUA